AUGGCUGACCUUUUCUCCACCUACGAACAAGACUUCAAGCUUGCCCUCCAAGAGGCAGAGUCGAAAUUCAGUUCCGUUUCGACCAAUUCUGGACUGAGAACACAGACUAUUCGAGCCAUUGAAAGUGCAACAGACGAAGCGCUCGAGAUCUUAGACCAAAUGAAUAUUGAGGUGCAGAAUGUGCCUGCGAGUUCCAGAUCCACAUUCAAUACUAAAAUUCGCCAGUACCGCCGCGAUGUAGACACCAUCAAGACCAAGUUGAAGGGCUUGACUGACGAGGACAGCAGGGCGCAGCUAUUCGGCCUGAGAUACACGGAUGAAGAGGCAGGUGUUCACGAUGAUCAGCGGAAACAAUUGUUGAGCAACAAUGCUUCGUUGGAGCGCAGCACAGACCGCCUCCGAGAGAGUCAGAGAAUCGCAUUGGAGACUGAGAACAUCGGAGGCAACAUUUUGAACGAUCUCAGAGCUCAGCGUGAGCAAAUCACCAAUCUGCGCAACACGUUGCUGGCUGCAGAUCUGUAUGUGGACAAAUCGAUUCUGACUCUUAAGUCCAUGACUAGACGCAUUACAGCCAACAAGUUCAUCAGUUAUGCGAUCAUUGGAGUUCUUAUUUUGCUAAUAUUCUUGGUACUCGCAAGUAAGUUCAUGUGA